AUGACAACCAAAAUCAACAAAGCCGAGAGCCUUCUUCUCAACCUUUUGAAGAUGUGCGCGAAAGAGGUCCAUAUUGUGAGUCAGUUUAUAGCCGCUCCAAGGACCUCUCACCACUCUGCCGCCAUACAUAUUCCUCGUUAUGUGAAAGGUACUCUCCUGCAUGGUCUACACUUUUACUCUCACUCGUCUUUGACUCUCAGCGGUUACUCUUAUGGUGAUUGGGCUAGUGAUCCUACUGGUCGUCAUUCGGCCACUAGUUUCUACUUCUUUUUGGGUGAUUCUCUUAUCUCUUGGCGCAGCAAGAAGCAGACUUUAGUUUCUCGAUCGAGUGUCGAGUCCAAGUAUCGUACCCUUACUGACUCUACAACAGAACUUAUAUGGCUUCGUCGAUUACUCAUUGAUAUUGGCGUUCCUCAGUCAUCUUCUAUGGAUCUUCACUGCAACAGUAAGAGUGCUAUGAAGAUGACCCACAAUGAUACCUUUCACGAGCGUACCAAGCAUAUUGAGCUUGACUUUCACUUCAUUCGACAACAUGUCGUCGGUGGUGCUGUCAAUCUCGUUUCGGUUCCUCCGUAA